AUGCCACUGCCUUCCUUCACCAAUUUGGUUCCCAAAGCUCUGAGUCAUGAGCUUUUCUCUCGAUCCAUUCCUGGUGAUUCCUCUCAACAGUUGGUUUUCAUUGCACAACGUCAUCCUUUUGCCAAUUCCACUGGUCGCACCAAGCAAGACAAUUCUCCACCAG